AUGUCAAGAGUGGAUUUUUUGGGGCACGAGGUUUUGGAAAACGGACUCGGGGCGAAGCCAAAUAACUUGGAAGCACUGGCGACGUUGGAUUUUCCGCGUACGCAAAAAGGGUUGCAGUCAGUUUCUAAAUUACUACCACCGCUUUAUCCCAGAAUUCGCGAUCUUUGCGACCGCGCUAUACUCCCUCUCAGCCCACGAUUUCGGAAACGCGUGACGGAGAACCAUGCGGAACUCGCGUUCGCGACACUUCGCAGCAAGAUCGCGGCUACCCCGAUGCUAAAGCACUUCAACGCGGAUAGACAACCAGUAGUGAUUGUGUAUGCAAGUGUUUGGGCCGUGUCAGCCGUCCUCACUCAAGAGGAUGACGGAGUAUAUAUGCCCAUCAAGUUCACUAGCCGGACGUUGAAGCCCAACGAGCUGAACUAUAACAUCACCGAGAAGGAGAUCCUAGCGUUGUUGCACGUCUGGAACGAGUGCCACAACAUGUUGGUAGGAAAGACUAUACGCGUCUUGACCCGACAUAUAACCCUUGGUUGGCUAUUCCGGUCUACAGGGCUGCAAGGUCGUUUGUCGCAAUGGGCCGCCAUCCUCUCCCCCUGGCGAUUGGAAAUCCUCCGAUCGGCGAAAGGGGAGGAAGAGAUCUUGGGAGCGUUGGCCGCGAGCAUCACGCCGAGGGCCUACGUUGAUUCCGCAUUGGAAGAUAUCGCGCCUCGAACACGCCCGUCUAAGACGGCCGCGAUCCCGGUUCCGAAAAUCGGACCGACCGAGAGCCUCCACGUGAUCAGCUUCGACGGAUCGGCCAGCGUCAAACGCGAGGGCGGAGCGUUCAGCGCCUCUGGCAACUACCGGAAUGUGGUAAAAGCCGCGUCUGGGUACGCGGAAGGUCUUACGGUAAACGAAGCUGAAUACCGGGGUAUGCUACUCGGGCUCUCGCUCCUAGAAGACUUGAACGUCACACGCUUAAUCAAAUGCCGGGACUCCAACCUGGUGGUGCGCCAAACCCGGGGGGAGAUGGACUGUAAAUCUCUCGGAUUGGAGCUGUUGAGACAACAGGCAUGGAACGCGCUGUGCGAAUGGCCCAGACACGAGUUUCUGCAUGUUCGACGAGAUUGGAACGCGAGUGCAGAUAUGUUGACACUCCAACGCCAAGGAGGCAAAGAUGGCCAUAGCGUCGAGGAGAGUGAGGACCUGAAGACGCUGAAUAGGCUGGGAGAACGAGGGACGCGGGACGGGAAGAGACUGUCCUGUGACCACCCGUUCGCGCGACGCGUCCCACUAAACCUCGCGGAGACAGCCGGAAGCCUUGAAGGAAUUACAGGUGCAACAGCUGAGGCUGGAUCGAUCCGCACGGCGCAGGACGAAGAGCUAUGGAUAGCAAACCUCAAGGAGUUUCUAAGCGGGGACAUCAGCGAGCUCUUCAAAGAUGAGGUGAAGAGCUGUGUGAAGAUCGCGGAGCAAUACGAGGUAGGAAAGAGUGGCUUGCUGUACUACCACGUACAGAGAGACGAAUCGGCAGAAAACCGGUACUUGAUCAUGAACCAGGUCGUGCCAGAGACCCUCCGACAAGACGUACUACACCACUAUCAUGCGAGUCUAGAAGGCGGGCACCAGGGCAUAGGCCGAACGUACCAACUCGUACGACGACAUUUCCACUGGCCGGGACUAUUCAAAAGCGUACAGCGUCACUGGUUGCGAUGGAUCAUAUGCCGCCAUUGCCCGCGUCACAAAACACAUGGAGUUGUUAAUCUGGGUCGACCUGUUUACGGGUUUCGUUAUCGCGAAGGCAAGUGCGUCGCGUACCACGCAGACCGUCGCCCAUACGAGGAGGCGGUUUUCAGACGGUUCGGAGAUAGUGAAGAAAUUCGCCACGACCGAGAGCCAGAGUUCAUGUCCGAUUUCUUCAGGGCCUUCAACAAACUGAUGGGUCAACGGCAACGAGCGACUCUCGCGUAUCGUCCACAAGCAAACGGGUCGGCGGAGCGCAUGGCCAUCAAGAUGUACAUCGAGGACAUCGAUCAGCGCGACUGGGACGAGUACGCGAAACGACUCACCUACGCACUGAAUACCGCCCACGAUCGGACGCGGGACGAAACACCGUUUUUCUUGGUACAUGGUUGGGAUCCACGGUCCACCCUGGGAGCGACACUAGCGAUCGGUAACACCUCACAUCGAGACGCAGAGGCUCGGCGAUGGAGAAUUGUAUAUUUUUAA